GUCAGAAGAGCUGAGCGCUACAGUAACGAAGAUGCCGAUGCAGGAGGUGCCGCCAGCGCCAAACUUACUCGAGACGUCUUUCGGCGCCGCGAUACUAGAGGAGAAGCAAGGCAUAAAAAAGUCGAACCAAGAAGACUAUGCUGGAAGGGAAGAUCUUCAGCAAGGUGACAUGCAACGCAAUCUAGACAGGGACCUAGAUCCCUACUAUCUCGAUGAUCAUGAACGAGGACAGGGGCCUUCGAACAUGAUCGGGGCUACAGGUUUUUUAAACGCUGUUCCGACUGGCCCAUCAGGAGAUGUUUCGUGCAGUCCACAGAAGCCGGUCGGAAAGCACACACGGGAAAUCAAGUACAAAUUGUAUGGAACCGAGCCGCCACUGAAAUGGACGCGUGGUGGCCUUGGCGAAGGAAAGAAAAGACGGCUGAACGAACCACUUUACGGAAGUAUAGACGGCCGCGGGGUGUUCUACGAAAGCUUGCUGCGCAAUAUCGAUGAUAUGCGGGCUCGGCAUGAGUGUUACAAAGCAGAAGUUGUCCAGAAUCUAACCCAGUUGCGGAACGCAGCGACAGAGCAAGCACAAGAGAAAGUGAGAAAAGCGCGAGCGGCAGAGCGAGCGCAACAGAUAUCUCGGAAGCGAGUCCUCGAGGAACAGUGCAACUUCGGACUUGAUUUCGGUCCGAAAACAUUGAAUAACGAUACCGCGG